GGGGAAGCCUACGUGAGGGAGCGUCGCAAAAUUUGCCGGUUUAGGGAUUAUCUUCCUUGGCUCUCCACAGUGAGAAUUGGACUCGGCCUGUACCGAUGCUCCGCCCCCUCUGCUGGAGUCCGCUCCGCUGAUUGGCUAGAAGCGCUUGAGCGGCGGAAGCAGCUGGCUACCGCGGGGCCCGGGGGUGGGGGGGGGGAGCCAGCCGCGAAGAUGGCGGCUGUGGUGGAGGUGGAGGUUGGAGGAGGUGCCGCUGCGGAACGGGAGCUGGAUGAGGUUGACAUGUCAGACCUUUCCCCAGAGGAACAGUGGAGAGUCGAGCAUGCACGUAUGCAUGCCAAGCAUCGUGGCCAUGAAGCCAUGCACGCCGAGAUGGUCCUCAUUCUCAUCGCUACCUUAGUGGUGGCCCAGCUGAUCUUGGUACAGUGGAAACAGAGGCACCCCCGCUCUUACAAUAUGGUGACCCUCUUUCAGAUGUGGGUUGUCCCCCUCUAUUUCACAGUGAAGCUGCAUUGGUGGAGGUUCUUAGUGAUCUGGAUCUUCUUCUCUGCUGUCACAGCUUUUGUCACCUUCCGAGCCACACGGAAACCUCUAGUCCAGACAACCCCAAGGUUGGUUUAUAAAUGGUUCCUGUUGAUCUAUAAAAUCAGCUAUGCCACUGGCAUUAUUGGCUACAUGGCUGUCAUGUUUACCCUCUUUGGUCUUAACUUAUUAUUCAAGAUUAAACCAGAAGAUGCAAUGGAUUUUGGCAUUUCUCUCCUUUUCUAUGGACUUUACUAUGGAGUUCUUGAGCGGGACUUUGCAGAAAUGUGUGCAGAUUACAUGGCGUCUACCAUAGGAUUCUACAGUGAGUCGGGCAUGCCUACCAAACACCUUUCAGACAGUGUGUGUGCCGUGUGCGGGCAGCAGAUCUUCGUGGACGUCAGUGAAGAGGGCAUCAUCGAGAACACAUACAGGCUCUCCUGCAAUCAUGUAUUCCAUGAGUUCUGUAUCCGUGGCUGGUGCAUUGUGGGAAAGAAGCAGACAUGUCCCUACUGCAAAGAGAAGGUGGACCUGAAGAGGAUGUUCAGCAAUCCCUGGGAAAGGCCUCAUGUCAUGUAUGGACAACUGCUGGACUGGCUUCGUUACUUGGUAGCCUGGCAGCCUGUCAUCAUUGGCCUGGUGCAAGGCAUCAACUACAUCCUGGGCCUGGAAUAAUCAAGAAACAUGUCAGUGGAGAACCCACCCCACCCACCAUGGACCUCAGGGCACUCUCCUUGCUGCCCACGAAGACUUCCUGGGUGGGAAAGACUCAAAGGGCACUUGGGCCACUCAGGACCUCUCCAGCUAUGUCUGGACUGGGGAGGAAUAUGAUGGAGAACCAGCCAGUGGGGUUGUCAACUGUGGGGGGCUUUUUAAAAGAAAACUAUUUUGAUGAAUAUAUUUAAAAACUUUUUUAUUAUGGAGCAUAGGAGCUGCACCCCCCCCCCCCAGGCCUGAUCAGGGUUGGGGACAGAGCAGUGAUGGUUUUGGUUUAAAGGAGCCUUUUCACCUCUGGCUGGAGCACUGGUGGGUUCUCAGGUCACUGAGCCUCAGCCCACCCCCUUUCCCUUCCCUCCUCUACGGGGCUUAAGCCACAGAUGGUGCCACAGGUGAGCACCGAGGGGUGAAGUGUUCCCGUGUUCUCUCCUGCUAUGUACGGGGAUGUGUGACUUUGUUCCACCUCACCCCCUUGUCCAGGUACUGAGGACUGGGGGAGGCAAGUAAAUCCUCAUCAGUGGCUUUCCCAACAAGGAAAGCCCCAGGGCCUCAAAAGGGAAGAGUAAGUGGCAUGCAUAACUUGUACCUAGGCAAGGCUGUCCUCCUCAGUCAGGAGUAGAGGCCAUCUAGAGAAAGUUGGGCUACUGUUGGCAACAAUUAAGUGUUGCAGCCUCUUGUGAAAGCUAAGCCUGGAAAUGGUGGCAUGUGUCAAAGACCACUUGACAUCAAUUUCUUCUUGAAAGCCUGAGUGUGUAUCUGUGUUUGUGUGUGCAUGCCAGAAGGGAGGCUGAGGUAGGAGGAUCGCUGUAAGUUCAAGCCCAGCCCAGGACUACAGUGAGUCCCACCUUAGCCUGGGCUAUAGUCAGACCCUACCUCGAAGAAAAAACAACAACAAAAACAAAAAAAACUUCUGUUAGUCACGUGACAAUGUGUCCUUGAAGCUAGCAGGGGAUUGAUUCCCUGAGUAGGGAAUGUCCCUGUGUGAGCUUGGUCGAUUGUAGACUCUUCCUCGGCCUGACAUCUGAGUAACGGAGGAUGGGAAAAUUGCAAAGGCCUAGGUGAGUUCUGAAGAGAGGCUUCCAGGCAGCCCAGCUUUAGUGCUAGGAGUCUGGAGAAAAUGUGGGAGGGCACCAUGGGCCUUCAGCACCGGGUUUCUAGCAGGGCCGGCCUCCUCCAGGGCAGUAGAAACAAACAGGAUCUUGCUGUGUCACUCCCACCUGAAUAAAGCUCUGUGAGCUGGGCUGGAAAGCUGAA